AUGGUUGUACAACGAAACAAAACCCCAUACCGCAUCGUCCGUCGCGCGGGUCACCAAGGGACGCGUUAUCCAGCGGGUAACCAGGCUGGACACGACAAGUAUGCUACUGGAAAACAAUGCCACAAUAUGCGGAACGAGUUGCGCAUUGGCACUUGGAAUGUACGCAAACUUAAACAACUAGGAAAGCUUGACACUGUGUGCAGAGAAAUGAGUCGAAGCAAGAUCCAGAUACUGGGAAUUGCAGAAACAAACUGGAACAACUGCGGCAGUUUUGUCAGCGGAGACUCCUUCAAAGUCGUCUUCUCAGGAAAAGAAGUCGGAUACAGCCAUGGAAUAGCCAUUAUCCUUGCAAAAGAAGCAGCAAAUGCAUUGAUAGGUUACUCGCCAAUAUCAGACAGAAUCCUGAAAGUAUGUAUCAAAGCCAAGCCAUACAAUCUCAGCAUUGUACAGUGCUAUGCUCCAACAAGCACUGCCAGUGACGAUGAACUUGAAGAAUUCUACAACCAACUGCAAGAGACAUUAGACGCCAUACCCAGCCGUGACAUUAAAAUCGUGAUGGGAGACCUGAAUGCCAAGGUAGGAACAGCAAACACAGCCACACCAACUCACGGAACUUGUGGACUUGGCAUCAGAAACGAAAGAGGAGAAACUCUCAUCGACUUCUGUAAAGUAAACAAUCUUGUCGUAGCCAACACGCUUUUUGAUCAGCAUCCAAGAAGACUGUACACUUGGACAUCGCCUGACAGAACGAUCAGAAAUCAAAUCGACUACAUCAUGAUCGAACAGAAGUGGAAAAGCUGCCUGAAAGAUGCAAGAACUCUACCAGGAGCCGACUGCAACAGUGAUCACCAACUUCUGUCCGCCAGGAUCCGAAUGCGACUGAAGAAAUUAGAUCAACCACCACCAACGCUACGUCUAGAUUUCUCCACUCUAGGCGAAAAGUACAAGAUUGACAUUAACAACAAAUUCGAAUCCCUGCUAGAGUGUGAAACUGAAGAAAUUCCCCCUAACGACUUCUGGAAGUUAGGCAAGGAAUGUCUAGUCGAAGUUGCAAAGCAAACUAUCCAAAAGCGAAAAAAAAUAAAAAAUGAUUGGAUCUCAGAAGAAACAAGAGCAGAAAUCGAGAAACGAAGAUGUCUGAAAGGAACAACCGACGAAUACAAAAAACAAAAUGCAACAGUACAAAGAAUGAUGAGAAAAGACAAAAAUCAGCAAAAAGACAGAGUCUGUAAGAAAAUUGAAGAAAACUCCAUAACUAAUUCAACCAGAGAUCUGUAUCGAGGAAUCAAAGAUCUGACCAAAAAGUUCAAACCAACCAUUGACACAAUAAAAGAUGAAAACGGUAAUGCUUUGUGCAAUGGAGAUGAUGUCAAAGAAAGAUGGAAGUCAUAUUGCGAAGAUCUGUAUAAAAUUAAUGACAACUUAGCACACGACAACUUUGCGUUCGACCAAACCGAAGAAGAACCGCCCCCUCUGCGGAGUGAAAUCCAGAAAGCCAUAAAUGAUUUGAAAAACAACAAAAGCACAGGUAUCGACGAAGUGGCCGCGGAACUUGUUAAGAACGGUGGAGGAAUGUCGUCGAGUUUUUCCAUGUUCUCUGCAAAAAGAUCUGGAAAGAUAGAGAAUGGCCAGAGGAUUGGAUUACAUCAGUUUUUGUACCCAUCCCAAAGAAAGGAGACGUUUUAG